ACAUAGUUGCAUUUUAUAUACACAACACAUCUCCAAAAAUUUACUCAAAACAAAAAAAAAUGGGUAAAAAUUUCUUACUUGUCAUCUCCCUCGUGCUCACUCUCAGUCUGGUCAACGCCGUUGACUACUCCGUCGUCGACAACACCGGAAACUCCGCCGGCGGCCAGAGAUUUCGAGGCGAGAUCGGCGGCGUAAGCUACGGCACGCAGUCGCUGAGGUCGGCGACGGAGUUCGUGUGGCGAGUCUUCCAGCAAUCGAACGCCGCGUCGGACAGAAAACCCGUGCAGAAAAUCACGCUGUUCAUGGAGAACGGAAACGGCGUGGCGUUCACGUCCGGAGACCAGAUCCACUUCAACGCGGGGUAUCUCGGGAGUUUCUCGGGGGACGUGAGGAGGGAAUUCACCGGGGUGGUGUACCACGAGAUUGUCCACGUGUGGCAGUGGAACGGGUCGGGUGGGGCUCCGGGCGGGUUGAUAGAAGGGAUCGCUGAUUUCGUGAGGCUUAAAGCGGGUCUUGGGCCGAGUCACUGGGUUGGGCCGGGUCAAGGAGACAGGUGGGACCAGGGGUAUGACGUCACCGCUCGGUUUUUGGAUUAUUGUAAUGAUUUGAGGAAUGGGUUUGUGGCCGAGUUGAACAAGAGGAUGAGGAAUGGCUACAGUGAGAGCUUCUUUGUCGAGUUGCUUGGCAAAGACGUGAACCAGCUUUGGAGGGAUUACAAGGCUAAGUACGGCCAUUAAGGGAAAUUACGUGAAUAAUUUUACUUGAAAUAUUAUAUUAUGUUGAAUAAAAUGGCGAAUAAGACCGAGUGUUUAUAAUUGUAGUAGGCUUAUAAAGAAAUAAUGGAGAUAAUUCUGAAAAUA